UUAAACCCCCACCACGCAUUCCAAACGCAACCUUCCCCCUGUUUAAAUCCACUCCAGCGGCGCUCUGCACUUAAACACACUGUGCUCCGUCACCAUCCCGUCCCGGCCUGGCCCCCGGAGGAGAAGAAACGCCAGAAGCAGCAGCAGCAGCAGCAGCAGCAGCAGCAGCAGUCCCGCACCGCACCGCAGCACCAUCACUGCUGCCUCUCGCCUGCACGGUAACAUGGUCUACAGGGCUCGGCUGUUGUAGCCAAAGGCCACUUAGACAGUCUCUCAGCUAGUUCCGUGUGUGUGAUUGGAUGUGUGUGCAGUAAGAAGCAGGAGCAGCAGUAGGCCAGCAAACAGACGGAGAUCGGUCCCUACACCGCUGUUCUUCACUGGAGGAAGGAGUCCGGAGCGAGCCCAGCAUCCCCGCAUCUCCGCAGCCGACACAGGGAUACUCUCCUCCCCCACGACACCGCGGAUUUAUCGGGUGUGAAAAACGGCUUGGCCAGCGCUACAGUCACUGUUGUAGGCAAGGAAACCAAAAGUCCUGUCCUGCUGCCAUGGGGAAACAGAACAGCAAGCUGCGGCCAGAGAUGCUGCAGGACCUCCGAGAGAAUACGGAGUUCUCAGACCACGAACUGCAGGAGUGGUACAAGGGUUUCUUAAAGGAUUGCCCAAGUGGAACCCUGAAUGUGGAGGAGUUCAAGAAAAUCUACGCCAAUUUCUUCCCUUACGGUGACGCAUCCAAGUUUGCUGAACACGUCUUCCGAACGUUCGACACCAACGGGGACGGCACAAUAGACUUCAGGGAGUUCAUCAUCGCCUUGAGUGUGACAUCACGGGGAAAACUGGAGCAGAAACUGAAAUGGGCCUUCAGCAUGUAUGACCUGGAUGGAAACGGGUACAUCAGCCGUGACGAGAUGCUGGAGAUUGUACAGGCCAUCUAUAAGAUGGUGUCAUCUGUGAUGAAGAUGCCAGAGGAUGAGUCCACGCCGGAGAAGAGGACAGAUAAAAUCUUCAGACAAAUGGACCUUAAUAACGAUGGUAAAUUGUCUCUGGAGGAAUUCAUCAAAGGUGCCAAAAGCGACCCUUCCAUCGUCCGGCUACUUCAGUGCGACCCGAGCUCUGCUUCCCAGUUCUGAAAGGCCCCCCCCAACCCCCCGACCCUUCGACACCCCCUUUCUUCCUCACUCUCUCUGAUGCUAUUGAAACAGUCACUCAAAUCAAUGCAUGAUGGUUCUCGUCUCUCAUAUCAUCUUUUCUGUUGUUAUUGUGUGAUAUAAAGGAUGGAGAAAUGUAAGGGGGCAAGGAAAAGUAAUCUCUGAGGUUUUACUUUUUAUUUUUCUCUGUUAGGAGGAGUGAAGAGACAUGCAUAGGUUUAAAGUAGAGUAGUGGAGUCUACUAAUGUUCCUCAAUAUCUUUCUUUUCCUGGAGCGAGGGAUUCCCGGCGAGUUCGACACAGGGAGUGAAUUUCUCAGUGUGCCCUCCAACACAUGUAUAACAUGUAUAUAUUGUACGUCUAUGUAUAUCAUAAGAUGAAAAGUCUUCAUGUAUGAAGCACUCUAUGGCAUUGAAAGGCAGUAUUAUGUAGCGUAGCUUCCUGGUCUGAGCAGGUGGGUGGGGUGUAGAGGGGUGGGGUAUUAUUGGGAUUUUACUGCUGUAUGAUCUUUCGCUGAGAAAAAGAAGGCCUAAGAUCCCAUUUAGUUUCACUGAUAUACAGAUUUUUUUUUUGGUUGUUGUUCAGUUUGAAGUUCCCCUUCUUGCUUUGUACAUAUUGUUUUCCUCCAUUGUUUUAUUUAUUGAUUUGUAUUCUUAUGAUUGUCCUUAACUUUGAUACGUUGUUAAAAUGACCAUGCUCCAGUUUACAGAGACGGAGAGAGGAAACGUGAGUUCAGAUUGAAGUCUUUGGGUUUUGUUGAUUUGUUACAAUGUAAGAUUGUAAAAUAAGCGUAUCCCAUCAUAAUGCUUAUGAUCAAUGACACCAGUAGCACAUAUCGUUUGAGCCACCAUGUGUUUAUAUCAAGUACGGCUGUGCAUCUGGUAUGUAUGAGUGUACAGUAUGUGCAUGUGAAUAUGCACUGUAUGCUUGAUGCUAACUUUUAUAGUAUUAUUAUCAUAUUGUGUUGUUUCUUAAUUUUUAAGUAUUUUAAAGUUCUUAAACAAUGAGCAGUAAUUAAGAUAGUUGUAACCUGUAACUUUACUGCAUGAUCCUCUGAACUAAAAGAUGACAAACACACAGAAUACACUCCGGUAUCUUUUUGUAGCUCUGCAGCCUCCUCCACGCUCCACCAGGCAGACAGGAUUGAGUAUUUGUUGUGCUUUGGGGAACACCCUCUCCCCUCCCCUCCUCCCCUCCCCUCCAUAUUCCUCUGACAGACAGAGAACUUACUAAGGGCUUGUUCAUCACUCUCCAGCUGAUUGCUUUCAUAAUCUCCUGGAUUAGUCUGUCUGCAGAGCAGGUAGAUGAAGGGACAUGUAGAGUUACAUGUUCUAAUAGGAGCUUUUAGGAUUUACAGACAUACGGCGACAGAGAUUAUUGGCUGUGUUUGCACUAACUGACGUCCUUAAUUGACAUUUUGGAUGCUUUUUGGAGGCAACAAGGAAGUUGACAUUAAGAUGGCAUCAAAUAAGUUCCUUCAAUUAUAAGGAAAAGCAAAUCUUCAAACUACCUUUCAAAUAAAGAAGCCUUUAACACCCUGCAUGUGUAAACACCGGCUCUGACUGCAGAGAUACUGUAGCUAUGUGCUGACAUCUGAGGCCUCUACAGCCGGAGUAAACCUGGGAAAACACCAACCAAUCCCUGCCAUCAGGAGCCAAAUGAUGAAACCAAUCAAAUCCCGUCCUGCCAUUCUGCCCGCCUCCUGCAGAGCGUACAUUUCAUGUUUGUUUGUGUUUUUAACUUUCACUAUGAGAAUGUGUCGGUGUUUUCUUACCGCUGAGUGAGACAUGAGUUGACAUGGUUCAAAACACAAACCAUGUGCUGAGGACCGGUUAUGAAUCAGUCACCAUCAUAUGGUCGUGAAUCAGCGGCGCUGCAGCGUGCAUGUGAGCGGGGGCGUCGUUUUGGAGGUGCUCCGAGGGGAGGGGGGGAGGGGUUAGACGGAGUCCUGUGGAAAUGCUACAUUCAAAUUCAUGCUAGUUCUCCGUGACUACCACCCCUAGCUUUAACACAAGGUAUGUUUGUGAUGAAGCAGUAGUUAAAUAUUGCACAUCUUUCUGCCUUUAUUUUCAUUCCACUCUUGAUAGAAGUUACUUUCUGGAUUAAGGAUUACUUCAUGUUUUAUGAUGCAUCGUAUGGAUUAAUCUGCCCACUUUUGUGUUCAAAUUAUCUCCAAUCUCUCUGCACCUAUACAGAUAGCAGUCUAAUAAUGUAGUAUUACAGUAUUAUGUUCAAAUGAACCAGCUGCCAGGGUUCACUCAUUCAUUCAAACAGAAUCACACACUUUAAGGAGCCUCUUGUAGUAAAUGGUUGAAAUACACUACCAGUCAAAGU